AUGUCAUCGGGUGAAAACGAUGACUCACUUAAGCAUAACGUAGGUGUAGAUAACGAAGUAAUCAAGUGCCUAAAUGACAAGUGUGUGAAAUGGAAUGAGAUUCCAAGUUGCUCUAGCGACGUUAAUAACAGGAAUGUGCUGAGUUCCAGCGGUGUUAUAGAUUGUUCCGAUUUCAUUGUGAUCAAUGUGACAUGUGAUGUCGAUAAGCCUGAGAGGACGGUGGGUACAAAUGUCUAUAGUGUCGAUUGUGAUAACUCAAGUAUUCUUAGCGUAGAUUCUAGUACACAUUUAGUUCCUGUUGCGAACAACGAGUUAGUCCAGUCGGACAGUCAGAAGUUGGUGAGCCUCUCGCUGUCAAUACUCUUGGCGGCGAUUCUGCAGGCUGUUCGUUGUUUCGCUCAAUUCAUCGAGGAUAUUGUUACUCCACAUCAAUUAUGA